CCGCGGGCGAUUUUCAGCUCGCCCUUCACGGGGUUGUCGCGUUGGAGAAGAUUCGUGAACGAUGAGUCGUGCAAAAUUUUGCUUUUUUUUUGUUGCUGAAUCUCUCGUGCGUUUGAAAUUCAUGUCCGGCGCUGUUGAUGGUUAUCGAUGCUGGAUUUGAGAAUCGGGCGAAGUCGUUGAGCAGGGCCGGAUUUGGUCCUCGACUUGAUAGGAAGUCUCGAACUUCUCGGAAUCGGACUCGACGGUUCGCAUUUGAGAAGCUUCGAGCUGAAUUUCAACGAGGAUUGGAGCCCUAAUCAAGCUUGAUUGGGGGCCUUUUCGUCGACGAGUUGCUUCAGGUUUCGAGGCGGGUAUCGGUGAAUGUGCAGAGGAGAAGUCUACUCUGUCAAAGACGGAGAAUAUGCAGAGCGUUUUGGCGAUGGCGGCGGAAGCUCAGGUCGGGGGAGAGUCGCUUUUGGCGACCAUCAAAAUCGCAGUGCUCCCGAUUGCGAAAGUGUUCACCAUGUGCUUCUUGGGCUUUCUGAUGGCUUCCAAGUAUGUUAACAUCUUGCCUGCGAGCGGGAGGAAAUUACUGAACGGGCUGGUCUUUUCACUUCUGCUUCCAUGUCUGAUAUUUUCUCAACUUGGACAAGCCAUCACUUUGGAGAAAAUGAUCGAGUGGUGGUUCAUUCCAGCUAAUGUUGUUCUAGGAACCAUAUCAGGAUCACUUAUUGGUUUAGCCGUGGCGUAUAUUGUCCGGCCGCCUUACCCUUUUUUCAAGUUUACGAUCAUACAAAUUGGAACAGGGAACAUCGGCAACGUGCCACUUGUCCUGAUUGCUGCAUUGUGUCGGGAUAAAUCCAAUCCAUUUGGAGAUUCAGAAAGAUGUAGUACAGAUGGGACGGCCUAUAUUUCUUUUGGGCAGUGGGUUGGAGCAAUUAUCUUGUACACAUAUGUUUUCAACAUGUUGGCACCCCCUCCAGAAGGAACCUUUUAUAUUGAGGAAACAAAUCUUCCCGUUAGAGACCCUCCAAAAGAUGGUGCACAAAUCCCAAAAGACGGUUUCCCCGAACAAGUUCCGCUGCUUACAGACGAUGAUGUGCAGUCAAAUUCAAAUCCUCAGAAGAAUGGAAAGAUCAAGCAAAUGCUUGUUUUCCUAUAUGAAAAGCUUAAGCUGAAGCAGAUUCUUCAGCCUCCAAUCAUUGCUUCUAUCUUGGCCAUGGUUCUUGGAGUGAUUCCAUUUUUCAAGAAAUUGAUCUUCACAUCUGAUGCUCCACUUUUCUUCUUCACUGACAGUUGCAUUAUUCUUGGGGAGGCCAUGAUUCCAUGUAUCUUGUUGGCGUUGGGUGGCAACCUUGUUGAUGGUCCCGGAAGUUCAAAACUCGGUCUACGUACUACGGCUGCAAUUAUCUUUGCACGUUUGCUUUUGGUGCCUCCAGUAGGUCUUGGUAUUGUCAUGCUUGCUGACAAACUGGGCUUCCUCCCAGCUGGUGAUCAGAUGUUUCGAUUUGUCUUAUUGCUGCAGCACUCAAUGCCAACUUCAGUCCUGUCUGGUGCGGUUGCUAGCUUACGCGGCUGCGGUAGGGAGGCGGCAGCUGUCCUGUUCUGGGUCCACAUAUUUGCGAUCUUCUCUAUGGCUGGAUGGGUCACUCUAUAUCUCAAUCUGCUGUUCUGAAUGUGAGGCGACCUCUCGCCUCGGCCAAAAGCCUGUUAUUUUUUUUCCGCUUGGUCUGCAUUUCCAAAUUCAGUGACGCAGGUGCAGAUCAACACAGUACCCGGAAUUCUUUACAUGGAGGAGGAAAAGCAAGGAAGGGUGGUGAUGACACGCUCAGAGAAAGGCGCGGAGUCUUUCCCAUUCUCUGAUAUUAUAUCUAAUUAUUGUUCUCAUUGUAUUAGUAACCUUUCUCUUUUGCUUUCCUUUCCGCUUACGAAUUACUGUUAUAUUAGGAAGUAAGAGGGCUGUUUACAGCGUGUUAGGUAAAAAAGUUGGCCCGGUUUUACGGAA